GGUCUUCAAUUUCUCGACGGUUUCGAUACAUUUUAUCAGGUGCUCAUAUGUUUAUUCUUUUUUUAUAUGAGACUUCUGUAGCCGGACAGACUUGGGAGGACGAGAGGCGUUUCUGUGACAUGAGGAGGAGGAGAAAGGGAGGCAAAAAAAAAAAAAAAAAAAUAGAAAUAGGCUUUUUUGACAGCUAGCUUUUAGCUAGCUUGUUCAGGUAAGGUCGACUGAUACAGUAAUGUUUGCCGAGGAUAACGGAAGGCGUUGUAUAGCUGUCCAGGACGAGCAAGUCUGCUUGUAGCUAUUUGUAGAGCAUUAACAUUAUUAAUGGUGUGUGUUUUGCCUGGUAGUUUAAACCACCUUCGCCUCAGUCUGUCUGCGCUUGGAGCCAGCAGGACAGCUCAAAGUGCACAGGGAGUAACGUUACUGGAGCGCAAACACUGCUGGGAAUUAUCUUCUGGUUCUUCGAGAAGAGCUGAAGAAGUGGAAGCACAGGCCCAGUUGCACCAAGUCCUCUCUGGGACUGCACAGCUCUCCUCUGCCAUGGAAUAAUUUUUGGAAAGUUUCUGCCACAACACGUCUACCAUCGUCGCAUCUUUGAAGGAGUGUUACGUCUUGCCAGAAUUGGACAGUCAUGAUGUUGAGCAUUGAAGGCCAGCAGCAGAGGUUUAGCUCUUGACUGAAAACCAUGAAGCAGCCAGGGAAGUGACCUCGGUGCACAGUACAGGCUGAGGGUGCCACUCACUGGCACCAUGGCAUCCAAGGAGAGACUGUACGAGGUCUGGAUGCUCUACUGCACUAAGAGGGAUCCAGACUACUUAAAGCUAUGGCUGGAGAUUUUCAUCAGCUCCUAUGAGCGAUGCCUGGAUGUGGACUUCGAAAAGCCACCUUCAAGGCCAGAGGAGGUUCCCCCGGUGUUGACGCUCCUCCCAGACAACAUCCUGCAGGUUUUGCGCCACCAGCUGCUGCAGUGCGUCCAGAAAGCCUCCGACGGCCUGGAGCCUGAGCAGCAAAACCUGGCUCUGCUGCUGCUCAAGUUCCUUAUCAUCAUCUGCAGGAACCUGUCCAACGUGGAGGAGAUUGGGACUUGCUCUUAUAUCAAUCACAUCAUCAACAUGACAACACUCUAUAUUCAGCAGCUGAAGAGCAAGACCAAAGAGAAGGAGAUGGCAGACCAGAGUCAGGCAGAGGAGUUCGUCCGUCAUGCGCUGGCUUUCUGCGAGAGCCUCUACGACCCGUACCGCAACUGGAGGCAUCGAACCUGCGGGGAGCAGCUGGGUACAGUAGAGAGGAGCAGACAGAAGUACAAGGCAGCUCCGCUCACUGUUGAGUUUGUUCCUUUCUUUUACCAGUGCUUCCAGGAGAGCGAGCACCUGAAGGAGAGUCUGAAAUGCUGCCUGCUGCACCUGUUUGGAGCCAUAGUAGCUGGUGAUCAGAGGAACGCUCUGUUUGCCAUCUCUCCAGCCACAAUGGAGGUGUUGAUGCGGGUGCUGGCUGACUGCUCCAUGGGUAGCUGCUCUUCAGAUGAGGGCGAGGACUGGGACAGUGAGGCCCCCGACCGUAAGGCGCUGCUGACUCUGGGCUGCCUGCGGGAGGUGGUGCAGCGCCUCCUGGCCUCAAGCUCUGACCAGCGGCAAGUGGAAAUCGCCUCCGUGCUGGAAAACUACUUCAAGCUGCUCAACUCUGACCCGGCGGCUGUCGUUGCUGCCCGACAGCAGCAGCAGCAGCAGCAGCAGCAGCAAGCCAAGGGCCGAGUGCCGACACUGGGCCGCCACUGGGAGAGCCGAUUUGUGGCACUGCAAGUAAACAUGCUAGACACUAUCAGGGACAUGUUCCUGUGUUCAGACAGGCCAGUUCUACAAGCCAUCUUCCUCAAUAGUAACUGUUUUGAGCACCUGAUACGACUGCUGCAGAACAGCAAGCUGGUUAAUGCUAGGUGCACGGCGGCAGACAAGGACCAGAAAGAUAUAACCAACAACAGGUUACUGACAGGAGAGAGGGACACUCAGGUGUUUCAAGGGCGACUAGACUCCCUCGCUGUAGCAACCAUCAAAGCCCUGACAACAGUGAUGCACAAAUCACCAGCCGCAAAGGAGGUGUUCAAGGAGAGGAUUGGUUAUAAUCACCUGUAUGAAGUGCUCACCUCACUUGGCCAGCCAUCACGGCACCUUCUCAAAGAGCUGAUGAACAUGGCGGUGGAGGGUGAGCACACCUCAGUGGGGCUCCUGGGCAUCAGUAACGUGGAGCCCUUGCUGCUGCUGGUCCAGUGGCUCCCAGAGCUGGACUCAUCGGACCAGCAGCUUUUUACGGCCGACUGGCUCCGCCGCCUCAGCUGCCUCAACCGUCAGACCCGCGCCACCUGCGUCAAUGCAGCCAUGGUCAUGCGAGCGCUGGCUGCCCUGGAGGGCCACCAACGGCUACACCGAGCUUGCGCUGAGAGCCUACUGGGGCUGGUGGGCUCACUGGGCUCACAGUCCUUGAGCGCCAGGGAACUCUUGGGACUCUUGCGCCUCCUCAGGCCUCCAGAGACCACUCAAGCACACCCCUAUGUAGGUCCUGCCCUGAGAGCCCUCCUGGCCAUGGUACGGAAGCAGGGCCUGGAAAGUGCCAUGCAGUACUUUGACCUGUCACCCAGCAUGGCCGGCAUUGUAGUUCCAACAGUGCAGCGCUGGUCAGGCUCUGCCUUCAGCUUUCUUGCCUGGUUGUCACUAGAUCAGGACCAGCUGGGCCCACCCAGCAAGGACAAGAGGAAGCAGCUCUACAGUUUUUUUACCCCGGGAGGGACGGGGUUUGAGGCCUUCAUCAGCUCAGCAGGUGUGCUGGUGGUGGCUGUAUGCACAAAGAAGGAGUACGUCACAGUCAUGCUGCCCGACUACUGCUUCUGUGACUCUCUCUGGCACAGCAUCGGUGUGGUGCAUGUACCAGGAAAGAGGCCAUUUGGACAGAGUCUCGUGUACAUUUAUGUGGAUGGACAGCAGAAACUGUCUGCCCCCCUCAAGUAUCCCACCAUGACAGAGCCAUUCAUCUCCUGUUGCAUUGGCUCAGCAGGCCACCGGACCACCACUCCCCCUCCCUCCCAGAUCCCAGACCCACCCUUCUCCUCUGCCACCACACCCACCACUCGCUCCUCACUGGGCGGCAUCCUGUCGCCGCAGACCUGGGGGGGACUGCUGGGGGGAAAGCCUGAGUCGGUGACUAAGCUCAUCUCUGCAGGGACCCAGGACAGUGAGUGGGGAAGCCCUACCUCCUUGCAGGGCCAGCUGGGGAGCGUCAUGGUCUUCCAGGAACCCCUGCAGCCCAACCACAUAAAAGCUAUCUGUAGUGCUGGUCCAAACUGCAUCUCUCCAUUCAAAGCCCAGGAAUCAGAACUCGGCGACCUUUCAACCAAAUUGCUGCUGCACUACUCACCCAAGGCGUGUAGGAACCCCAUCUGUCUAGAUCUGUCUCCAAACAUGCUGCACGGACGCCUGACUGGGAAUAAAGUCGUCAACUGGGAUAUGAAGGAUAUGAUCAACUGUGUGGGCGGUCUGCCAGUGCUCUUCCCUAUACUGGAGCAGUUGGCCCUGGUGACCCCCGAUCAGCAGGCCAGUGAUCCUGCAGCUGGGUCGGAUUUCAUCACCCCUGAUGUGACCACGCCAGCCGAUGGAGAUUGGGUCAUUCUCCCAUCCAACAGGGCUUCAGAGGCACGUCUGGAGAAGAAUCUGGUGGCCACCUUCCUGUUGGUGCUGAAGCAUUUCCUGCAGAGACAUCUAAUCAACCAGGAGAAUCUGCUCCACUCGCACGGUGUCGGUACACUGGGAGCCCUGCUGCAGAAGAUGCCAGCAGGUCAUGUGGAUGUCAGCGUGCUGGUUGCUACGCAGCUGCUGAUAGAGCAGGUGACAUAUGAGAAGAACCAGGCUCUGCUGCAGCAGCUUCACACACAUCUGCUGUUCAACUUCAACAUCUGGAACAAAGGCGACUUCCCUCUGCGCAUAGGUCAUAUCCAGUACAUGUCCACUGUCAUCAAAGAUAACAGAAAGCAGUUCAGAAAAAAAUAUGGAGUUCAGUUUCUUUUGGACACCAUGCGCCUUUAUUACGGGAAGAACAGUAAUAAAGACAGCGACCUGAGUGAGGAUGACAUUCGUACCAUCCGUGCGUCUCUCUACGGCCUUGUCAAGUACUACAUCAGCAAGGGCAUGUCACAGGACGAGAUGCACAGCAUUCUGGGAUACAUUGCUGCCAUUGGAGACGAGGACCAGUUGUGUGGGCUGCUGGAGUUGGUACUCAGCCUUCUUCAGAGCAGUCCGGCCAGAGACCAGCUCUUCCUGCUCCUCUUUGAGCCCGGGGCGGCCGACUCCUGCUACGCUCUCCUGCUCAAUAACAAGCACUCAGAUCGACUCCGAGAGCUCGUCUUCAAGUUGUUUGAGCGCAUGUUGCGCUGCGACCGCGUCUAUGAGAGGAAUAAGCAGCGUCUGCGGCUGAGGGAGGCAGGUUACGCCGGCCUGUCGCUGCUCUUCUCUGAACUUCACAUCACUCCGACCCUGACCCGCUGUCUCCUCAACCAGGUCCUCCACACAGAUCAAGUGGUGAACUACAAGGACCUGAUGGCUCUGGUCCAGCUCACUCACCGGGCCGGUCCCGGCGUACGCCUCAUCGUCUGCAAGAGGGUGUACCAGCUGCUACAAUCCCAACAAGAUGCUGCUGUCCAGAUCUCAAGGCAGCAGUGUUGGCAGGACACUCUCAUGCGUCUGUACCUGCGGGGUGAAGGGUCCUUGCCACUGCGGAGCACUGACACCGUCAGCACCUGCAGCCUGGACCUGAGCCGGCCCGGUGGCAGCAACACCAAUCGCCUGGAGCUGCCGUUGGAGAGGAGGGCGCGGGCAGGAAGCGCUGGCCGCCUGGACCGGCUGGAGGAUGACCGGCUCAGCAUAGGCGACGCUCGCUCUGUGGACAGCCUAGAGAACGGCGACGUCAUCUCGCUGCUGGACACGCCAUCUUCCUCUGCCUCUACAGAGCCACAACUACACGUCAAGCCCUGGGUGGUGGGAAAGUCGGGGGGGCUGACGCUGGAUCUGUCCCAUCUGCAGGCCUACGAGGGCGUGGAGAGCGGCAGCCAAACGCCUGGCAGCAUGCCCAGUACACCGUCACCACUGGAGAACUCUAAGCCUUUCCCAGGGAGCUCUGGGGAUCGAGAUGCAACUUCCUCCCUGACUGAAGACAGCUUUCUCUUCAGUGACAACAUAUCACUGGGGGAGUCCUUCAACAAUGCUGAGCGAGCAGAGGAGGAGCUGAGCAGCAUGCUGUUGGAGAUUGUGCUGUGUGUGAUGUGGCGUGGCGUAGAAGGUUCAGAUGAUUCGGCGUGGCUGGAGCGCGGCCAGGUCUUCUCAGCUCUCACCAAACUGGGAACCACCAAUGAGUUGCUGCUUCCUGUCGACCAAAUCAAACUCAGUCUUAUGGAACGUAUGUUGGAGUGGGCAGUGAGUGAUAACCGCGAGGCAUCAGCCGCCACCUUGCCACAACACACGGAGAACGCAGUGCGGUUGCUUCACAUGGUGCAAGACUUUUUGCAGGCGGAGGGCCUGGUCAAUCCAGCACUGUGGACGGAGAAGGUGCUGGAAGAGACUGUGACGCUGAUGGACAGUCUCAUGGUCUGGUACUCGGCUGGCACCCAGUGGUUCCAGCUCUCCCAAGUUGGACUGAGACUGCUGCUGGGCUUCAUGGCUCAGGAGGACCCUGAAGUGUGUUCCAUGGCAACUGCCAAGCUCAAUUGCAUCCUGCAGACUAAGGAGGUGUCCAGCCAGGACGAGGCCUGCUACCUGCUAGGUAAGGUGGAGGGCAUCCUGCGGCGCUCUGUCCAGGAGCAAACCGAGGAGACGUACUCGUUCCUGGUUCCUCUGCUGCGAACGCUGCUCUCCAAAGUCCACCGCCUCCUCUACAUGGAGCUGCACCUCCCCCAGCUCCCUGACACCAACGGCAGCCCGUCCUUCUUUGAGGACUUCCAGCUGUACUGUAACUCACCUGAGUGGCGCGUCUACCUCGACAAAUAUAUUAUCCCGUACAUGAAGCAGUAUGAAAUCGAAACAUUCAGCCAGUGCCAUGAGACCAUGGCUCUCUACUGGAAGGAGUGCUACGAGGCUUUCAUGGUCAGCCUGCAUAAGAGAGAGAGGGAGAGGGGUGAGAGCAAGAUCCGCUUCCAGGAGCAAUUUGUGGAGCCUUUCUCACGCCGAGGCCGCCAGGAGAACCUACGCUACAACAGCAUGUUGAAGCAGCAGCACAGCCAGAACAGCGCCACCCUCAGGCAGUGGAAGACAGCGCGCCGGGGUCUGGUGUGUGAGAGAGGGCCCUGGGCUGACAGGCAGCAGGAUGAGAUGCACUGGAGGGUGUCCAGUGCUGAGAACUUCUCCCGCAUGAGGCUGAAGCUGGUCCGUAAUUACAACUUUGACCCACACCGAGAGGCCAGCGCUCUGAGAGACAACCUGGGUGUCCAUCAACAGCGUGUAAACCCAGAGUCUCUGCUGCUGGAGGCUGUGAAGCAGGUCAAAGUCAGCGACCUGGAAGAUGACAUCCUGGAGCUGCCGGAGGAUGACCCUGCUGCUGCCAACAACCAAGUUGAAGCAGAGGAGGCAGGCCAGAAAGAGAAGAUGGUGCUGUGGGAGGACUGUGAGCUGGUGACGGUGGUGGACGUGGUGCCUGGCCGCCUGGAACUCACCACCCAACACAUCUACUUCUACGACAGCAGCCAGGAGAAAGAGGAAGGAGUGGGCCACGACUUCAAAUGGCCCCUUUCUCAGAUCCGAGAGGUCCACCUGCGGCGUUAUAACCUACGUCGCUCAGCCCUGGAGAUCUUCCUCAUCGACCAGACCAAUUACUUCCUCAACUUCAAGAAAGAGGCGAGGAACAAGGUCUAUAGCCGCAUGUUGCUGCUGCGAUCGCUCAGCCUUUAUGGAACUCGCUCACCACAGGAGCUCCUCAAAGCCUCUGGACUUACACAGAAAUGGGUGAACCGGGAGAUUUCCAACUUUGACUACUUGAUGCAACUCAACACGAUUGCAGGCAGAACGUACAACAACCUGGCUCAGUAUCCAGUGUUUCCCUGGAUUCUAGCUGACUACACUUCAGAGGAGCUGGACCUGUCUGAUCCUCGGGUAUUCAGGGACCUAUCAAAGCCAGUCGCAGUACUUAAUGAACGCAAUGCUAAGGCUGUUAGAGAGAAGUAUGAAAGUUUUGAGGACCCAACAGGCACAAUCGACAGGUUCCAUUAUGGCACCCACUACUCAAACGCUGCUGGGGUGAUGCACUACCUGAUCAGAGUGGAGCCCUUCACCUCCUUGCACAUCCAACUGCAGAGUGGACGGUUUGACUGUGCCGACCGCCAGUUCCACUCCAUCCCUGCGACAUGGCAGACCCUCAUGGACAACCCCAAUGACGUCAAGGAGCUCAUCCCUGAGUUCUUCUACUUCCCAGAAUUCCUUGAGAACCAAAAUGGCUUUGAUCUGGGUCGCCUGCAGAUCUCCAAGGAAAGGGUAAAUGAUGUUGUUCUGCCCAAAUGGGCCAACUCCCCUGAGGACUUCAUCUACAAGCACCGCAAAGCCCUUGAAUCAGAGUACGUAUCGGCCCACCUUCAUGAGUGGAUCGAUCUGAUCUUUGGUUACAAGCAGAGGGGCCCUGCAGCGGUGGAGGCCCUCAACGUCUUCUACUACUGCACAUAUGAGGGGGCGGUGGACCUGGAUGCCAUCACUGAUGAAAAGGAGCGUAAGGCCCUGGAAGGCAUGAUCAGCAACUUUGGACAGACACCCUGCCAGUUACUCAAGGAGCCCCAUCCAGUGCGUCUGUCUCAGGAGGAAGUGGAGAAGAGGAAGGCUCAGCUAGACUCAUGUCCCUUCAGCAUGUUCGAACACCUCAGCGACCUCAAGUCCUUCUUUGUUGAGGGCAUCAGUGACAAUGUGCCACUGGUUAAGGCCGUGGUGCCAAAGAAUCAGUCCCAUUCCUUCAUCACCCAGGGCAGCCCGGACACCAUGGUGACUGUUAGUCAGAACUGCCUGGUUGGGACCCAUGGGUGGCUGCCUUACAACAAGAACAUCUCCAACUACUUCACCUUCAUUAAGGACCCUACAGUGUCCAACACUAAGACCCAGCGUUUCCUGUCCGGACCCUUCGCCCCCGGCAUGGAGGUCACAGCGGGGCUGUUUGUGGUCUCCCAUGAUGGCAAGUUGCUCUUCAGCGGUGGCCAUUGGGACAACAGCCUCCGGGUCACCUCCCUGGUUAAGGGCAAGACUGUGGGACAGCACAUCCGACACAUGGACAUUGUGACCUGCUUGUCAACAGACCACUGCGGCAUCCACCUGAUCUCCGGCUCCAGAGACACAACCUGCAUGGUGUGGCAGGUUCUGCAGCAGGGUGGAGCUCCCGUGGGUCUCUAUCCCAAACCAGUUCAGGUGUUGUAUGGACACACGGAUGAAGUGGUCAGUGUCAGUAUCAGCACAGAGCUGGACAUGGCUGUGUCGGGAUCACGGGAUGGGACAGUGAUCAUCCACACGGUGCGUCGGGGUCAGUACAUGCGUUGCUUGCGGCCGCCGUGCGACAGCUCCCUGCCGCUCACUAUCCUCCACCUGGCCGUGUCCUGGGAGGGUCACCUGCUUGUCCACACCUGCCUCGAGGGCAAAGCAACACUCAAGGAUAAAAAUGCUUUACAUCUUUACUCUGUAAAUGGGAAGCACCUCUGCAGUGAGCCUCUGAAGGAGCAGGUGACUGAUAUGUGUGUUUCAGGGGAGUACGUAGUCAUCGGCAGCGAGCAGGGAUACCUGUCCAUCCGUGACCUCUACAGUCUGUCUCUGUGUACGGAGCCCAUGGCCAUGAGGGUGCCGGUGCGGAGCGUCUCGGUCACCAAGGAGCAGAGCCACGUCCUGGUGGGCCUGGAGGACGGCAAGCUGAUCAUCGUGGGCGUGGGCAAACCGGCAGAGAUGCGUUCGGGCCAGAUCACGCGGAAGCUGUGGGGCUCCAGCAAGAGACUGACCCAGAUUUCCUCGGGGGAGACGGUGUACAACACCUAGCACGACCACAACUGACCCAUCCCGGUCCCAGAGCCCUGAACCCUCCCCUCCACGCACUUCCCGCAUUCCUGUCAUCCAGUUCGCCUCCAUACCUGUCAAUCACCAAACAGGUCUGAGGGACUCAUUUCAGUUCCUCCAUCACCUUUCCACAGUUUAAUGGGUAGUGGGCAGCUGCUUUUGGGGUGCUAAAAGCAUUGAGCAUCACAAAGUCUGCAUAUCCAUGUGUCUGUUACUGUGUAUUCCUGCUUCGGAUUGACCGUAUGGCGCUGGCGCUGUGGUUCAAAUCCAGAAGUAGCGCCAGCCUCAGUACCACCACACCACCACUGACGACCCCUCCCAAACCACACGCCUUCUCUCUUCUCAGCUAGUCAUCAUCAUUUUUACAUGAUACUACAUGGUCAGCCAUGUUUCUCCAGCAGGAGCCUGUUCACAGAGGCACUGUGUAUUCUCCGACCUGCUCGACUUAAAUAUGACAGGAUCGGUAAGCUAACUGCUCCUCGUGUGUGUGUGUGUGUGUGUGUGUGCAUGUGCAGUGUAUUGCCAUUCUCUAUUUCAAAAUAUAGUUCAGUUAAGUGGCCUUUUGCCCCCUUAGUUUGCCUUGGAUGCAGACAGGCGGGCCUGUGUUCUGAAGGCCAAGACUUUUCAUUGGUUGCCUCAAAGCUGCCACACAGCAGCCUUAUGCAGUAAGACCUGUCUAUCACUCACAAGACCAAACGCUCUGCCUUUCCUAUGCGUUUUUAUGCGUGUGUGUGUCUGAUUUGAUUUGUUUUUUAUUGUAGAUUCUUUGUUGUUUUUACUUUGGGUUUUUCUGUUGUUUUCUUUAUGCAUGUGCCCAGCAACUUGGCAUCUGUUCGUAUGCAUGGAAUUUUGGGUCCAUUUUUGAGAUUAGGUAGCAGACAGUGAUGGGGAAGUCUUUUAUCUUUUUAUUUUUUUUACGCUUGGAUAUAGCUGACUUGUUUUGUUUUAGAAACAUCUUACACACAACAGCAGAUAGCAUCUUAAGCGUCUGUCUUUAAUGUUGGCAUAUCAUUUAAGAUAUAAUUUAACAAAAAACAAAUUCUCACUACAGACAAAACACUACAUUCUCAAACACAAGAUGCUUCCGUGUGAAGAUUUAUCACAGCAGUACAGAGAAAAACACUUAGCUCUCCGUGCUUCAUUGAAUGUUUUUAAGUUACUUGAAUCCAUGUUAAUUUAUAAGUAAAAGUAGCAGUUUUUUAAAUCACACUUUGUCUUUUGAAUACAGCCACCAGUAUGGCAUAUUUUCAACUCUUCUGACUGUUCAGACACCUGUAAAAGAAGGAGAAAGAAGAAAUCCUCAAGGGCUUUAUGAGAUGUCAGUGUUAACAGCAAUACAGCUCCUUCAUUGGGUGGCUGUCGAUGCUUUCUUCCUGUUUUUCUGUCCCGUAUUGGUUGCUCAGCCAGCCCUCCAGUCUUCCUAUAGCUUAACUAGGACAGUAAAUGUACCCUAACUCCCCCCCCCCCAACUGCCUUCAGCUCUCAUCAUUGCCUCAAACUAUCAUCCUUUAUUAUUUUUACAUCUCAUUCUCCUUCCUGCUCAUUGUGAAGUGACUGAUUUCAGAGGAGUUUUUCUUCUAUGGAGCAUCAAGAAGGUUUGCAUGCCUUGUUUAGGUCGCUUGGAAGUCGUGUUGUUCGUGUGUAUGAAUGUGAUUUCUGUAACAUUGGAAUCACAAAAAAGCCACAGUAUGAAGCUCCUGUGGAUGAGACUAUGUGAUUUAUAUUUUUGCACCAUACCUGUGUGUGUGUGUGUGUGUGUGUGUGUGUGUGUGUGUGUGUGUGUGUGUGUGUGUGUGUUUGUGUGUGAGGACAUGCUAAUGAUGCAUGUUUAUUUUUUAUAGCCAAAUUCUUGAUUUGAUCGUACAUGUUGAUGUGGUGUCUCUGAUUCUGUGAACCGUGGCAGCCCCUUGAUUAUUUUGGCUCAGUCAUGGGUUCGGCAUUGGACACAGGGUUGCUCUAGUGGUUCUUUCUUUUCUUUUUUUCAAAAAAGUGAUUUUGUAUUUAGUUUUUAUUUAAAUGUCACAGCAAGGUGGAGUGCAAAGACCAAUCUGUGUCUUUCUUUAAGAGAUUUAUGUGAAAGGUGCAUAAAAUGUUUUUCAGUGCAGUUUUUUUUCUUUUUCAUUCAUCCACAUUUGUCAUUUAGACAAAAUACCACUGUUGGAGUUGUUCCACGACUGUAACAAACGGAGUGCCUUUAUCCCAGUGUGGUGUUAACAUAGAGCUAGCUUUCUCUCAUUACUGAAGCUUAUCGUCCCCGACCUUAACGUAAAUCAAAUGAAAGGAGCAUUCCAGAAGUUAGACCUCCACAGUUUCAACGGGAACCAAGAAUAUAUAGGACUUUAAAGCAAAAUCAAAAAGUACUAUUUUGUGUCUUAGCAACAUUCUCUGUGACUGUCACCAAAUGGAUGUGUGUAUAUCUGUGAUUAUUUAUGAAUACAGUAUAUAAUGUACAGCAUGAUUUUUAUUUCAGCGUAUUUGAAAUGUACUUUUGCACUUUCCAGGUACUAAAUUGUAACAAAUUGUUUUAACUUGGCUCCCUAAUCUGUACAAACUGCUUUGUAUACACAAGUGGAAAAUGAUCAUUAAAGUCUUGUCUAAAUUUAAA